CACUAGGUUCUUCACACCAAAAAGCUGAGGUUUUUCUUUUAUCGACAUCUUGUUCAACCUCGAACCAACUAUUUAGUAUGUGAGAUUUGUCUUGGUCGGACGCACCCCGAAGCCUCGUUAUGGCAGGCUUCUUGACCACCGCUUUCACCAUGCUCGCGCCCGAGUCCAGCGUACCUCUCACAACUCGCGAAGCCCUUUCCGGUAUCUUUGGCUCGAUCUCGCUCGCAUGCUGGAUUUUCCUGCUCGUGCCUCAGCUUAUAGAAAACUACCGCAACGGAUCGGCCGAAGCCAUCAGUCUUGCCUUCAUAUUCGUGUGGUUCAUAGGAGAUAUUUGCAACCUUGCAGGAGCGCUCUGGGCCGGUCUUGUGCCCGUCGUUGUCGCAAUAGGCGUCUACUUUUGCAUUGCAGAUGGCGUCUUGAUCGCACAGUGCCUGUACUAUGGGAUCAAAAACAAGAGAAGGGAGGCCAGGGCAUUGUUGGCAGCGAGGCAAUCGUCGGCCGGGGAACCCUCAGAAGACGAGCCGCUCCUGCGACGAGAGAGGACAAAUAGCCUUACCAUACCUGGCUCGAGGGAACGACGGAGACGGAGCAGUGCGAGCUUGAGACGCCGUCCAAGUAGUAGCGCUCAAGACGACCAUCUCGCCAAGAUCCUCGAAGAAAGCGACGACUCGGGCACCAGGUUGUGGUUCAAGAAUGUCAUGAGCGUUCUGGCGAUUGUGGUCGUCGGCGCAGCGGGCUGGGCACUCGCGUACGAGUCGGGAGCGUGGAAGCCCAGUCCUACGUCGGCCGAUACUGAAACGCAAAAGAUGGCAGCUGGUGCUCAAAUCUUGGGCUAUGCGAGUGCCGUGGCAUAUCUGGGUGCAAGGAUACCGCAAAUCGUCAAGAAUGCAAGGGACAAGAGCUGCGAAGGCGAGUCUUUAUCACAGCCCGUGUAUUCCAGCGUGCUAAUAGUCUGUUAUAGGGCUAUCGCUGUUAUUCUUCAUCCUGUCGUUGAUGGGCAACCUUACGUAUGGCGCAGGCAUUCUCUGUCACUCGACGCAGCACGAGUAUGUCAUGAAGAACCUGCCGUGGCUGAUUGGUAGUUUGGGCACGAUGGUGGAAGACGUGACCAUCUUUGCGCAGUUCCACAUGUACGCUCCUAAGGACGGAGCGCAUGAGGAAGCUGUGGUUUGAGAGCUAGUCGUUUGUUUUGCAAUGCUACAUUUUGGUUUGCCUGAAAUUGAUGUCUCGAUAAUGGAAGAGCCGACACGAGAUCAUCUACGAAAUUGGUCACCUAUCUGGAACAGUGCGAGUAUACAGUAUCACGAGGUGCAUGUCUAAAAAGUCGAAUGUCGAGAAAUAUGUCGCAACAAUCUGAGUAAGACAGCAUGUGGAUUUUGUCAAAUGUUUUUUAAGGCUCCUCCGGCUGACCGAGAGAUGUGAAUGUUGAUUCUGAGAGCGUGACAUUCUGUGCUUAUGGAGAGCCUCAGAUGAUGGUAGUCAGGACCCGGGGCGCUUCUAAGCCUGCCUAGGUACAUAAAGUCGUAUGGCCACAUCUCGUACGGUCGGAUGGUGAGGUCGUAGUUGUGCUGCCACCGGUUGUACAAAGUAGUGCACGCAAUUUUCGACUCAUUA